GUUGAAACUGAUUGACAAGCCAGUGUGUAUUUGUCUUCGAAACGCGUUCGACGUGUUACCGACGUCGCUCCGUGAUCUAUAUAACUCGCCGCUGCAUUUUUUUCGGGUAAACAACAUCCAUUGAAAUUUAUACAUUUAUUACCGAACAUAAAGAUAAAGAACCCAAGUCCGUAAGAGUAAAGUGUGACCAUCAGUCAAUUUGUCUUGAAGAGAAGAGAAAUACUAAAUACGAGGAAGAUACUUUAAAAAAAAUAUAUAUAAUAAGAAAAGCGAAAGCUACAGCAUAAAUCAACGUAUACGAGCGUGAAGCUAAUUUUACACAUCAACCCUCCCGAGCUUUAUUCUAUCGGGAGAAGGUGAAAAGAACAUAUUUUUGUUUGUACAAUUGAGGGCCCAAAUAUUUAGUUGUGAAGGACUGAAGGCAGUGAUCAUGGAACAUGUAUCCAUCAGGCAGACAACGUAGCACUUUGGCCACACUGUGUCCUCGACUUGGUGACAAAAGAGUGGUUGAGGUCCUGUGAGAAUCAACCAAGUUCGCCAAAGCUGUGGCGAUGUAUAGUGCUAGCUUUCGGGAUUUGCUGUUAUUGAAUAAGUGAGGUGCUAGUGCUCGGACAAGGCGCUAGCCAAAAUAAUAUCCCACACAAUAUCGUGAAUAAUAGUAAAAAGCUAAGAAUAGGUUUUAAAUUGCUGGUGGCAGAAUCAAAUCCGUAUGGUUACAUGUUGAUCUUCGGUUCGCGUCGCGCGGUCUCAUGUUAAAUCAUCAAUCACGAACAUUAUUCGCUCAAAUUUUGGACUCUGGAAGAUAUUCGGCCACUAAACAAAGUUUUUCUGUGAAGGGGCGAAUUAGUGAUAAAACCACCGAGAUUUCAAAAGCUAAGAUACAACUAGAAAGGGUUAAAGCCUAAUACCCACAUCUUCAAACUAGUAUCGUUCGUCUAGAUUUGCAAUACUAGAAAAGAUAAAAAGAAAAUCAUCAAAUAGUUGUUGUGAUGUUCUGCCCUUCAAGCGCCAGUUAUCGAGCUUCUGGAUCUCUCGUCAAUGUGAAUUUCGUUGAAAUUGUUUAGUUGUGAUUUUUGUUUAUUUUUUUUUGGCAAUUGCUUCCUAUAGGAAAUUUAAGAGAAGAAAAAAAGCCAAUUCUAUUUAACUGGAAUACAUAUAGAUAGUAAUGUGCUCUGAUAUUUCGCAAAAAGCAAAGUACCAAUGUUAGAUGGUGAAUUUUGUUGCAUCUGAGUGAUUGAAGUGUUAGGAGAAGUGUUAAGAUACCACGCAUCUGCAUGCAUAAGAAAAAGAAAGUGCUCAAAUAAGAGUGACACAAAGAGCAAAACAAGAAGUGAAUCUACGGGGUAGAAAAAAAUAUAUAUAGUGACAUUUCGUGCUUUUUAAUUAUACACAGGGUGUUAAGUGUAUAAAGUAAAGUGGCCCAAGUAGAGUUUGCAGCCGCUCCCAGAGCAUUGAUGGCUCAGCCGAGGUAUGAUGAAAGCCUGCAUGGCUACAUGGAUUCAGGCGCUGCUGCAGCGAUGUAUGAUCCUCAUGCUGGGCAUAGGCCACCCGGACUUCAAGGGUUGCCGCCUCAUCACUCCCCCCACAUGAGUCAUGCCGCAGCUGCCGCUUCAGUCGGCAUGCACGGAUACCACUCUGGCCAUGGGACUCCUAGUCAUGUCUCCCCAGUCGCCAACCAUGUGAUGGGAUCCAUACCCGAGGUGCACAAACGUGAUAAGGAUGCUAUUUAUGGACACCCUCUCUUCCCACUGUUGGCGCUCAUAUUUGAAAAGUGUGAAUUAGCAACAUGUACACCUCGAGAUCCCGGCGUCCAAAGUGGUGAUGUCUGUUCGUCAGAAUCAUUCAAUGAGGAUAUCACAAUUUUCAGUAAACAGAUACGAUCAGAAAAGCCCUACUACAUAGCAGAUCCCGAAGUAGACUCACUUAUGGUGCAAGCAAUUCAAGUACUUCGGUUUCACCUCCUAGAGUUAGAAAAGGUUCACGAAUUAUGCGAUAAUUUCUGUCACCGAUACAUCUCUUGUCUAAAGGGUAAAAUGCCAAUAGAUUUAGUGAUUGACGAACGGGACACCACCAAACCACCAGAAUUAAGUGGUUCUGCGAAUGGGGAGGGUCGCAGCAAUGCCGAUUCGACAUCGCACACCGAUGGAGCAAGUACACCAGACGUUCGACCACCUAGUUCGUCCCUGUCAUAUAGUGGACCAGUCAAUGAUGAUGUGAGAUCACCGGGAUCAGGAGGUACUCCUGGUCCACUCUCAGCCCAACAACAGCCCAGUUUGGAUUCAUCAGAUCCUGAUGGUAAGUCUCAACCAUGGAAGCAUGUUGCAUUUUGGCGCGCGGAAAGCACUUUCAACCCAAGACACGAGGUCAGAGUAAACAAUUUUUAACUUGACGACUAUUAUUAUAAUAGUGAUUAUAUUCCAAUAUGAGUAUAUUUAAGUCGUUUCGUGCGAUUAAGACUGGUAGUUUAGCAAAAAGUGAAGUUAGGUAAAGUUUCACAGAUGUUUCAUGAAUUGGUCACUUGCAACGACAAAUGUCGUACACAGAAAAAUAAGUGAUUUUCUUGGUGAAAGCCAAGAACGAAUCAUUCCAGCUGUUGAAGGAACCUUGAGAGACACUUGAAUCCUGAAAAAAUCCAUCUCCUUGACCCCAAAGGUACUUAAUUAAAGGGUCUGUGUCUUUCAGCGUGAAAGACUUUGUGGAAUGUGGGGCUUUUUGUACACUUGACGCCGCAUAAACAUGGCAAAUUUCUCACUAAGCAAACACAAAAUACGUGACGCAACUUGUGAUGAUUCUUGAACCCCUCUAUCCCUUAACGCUCAAUAAAAUUUCACGAAGAAAAUCUCACUCACGGAAUAGUGUCGGCAAAAUGUGAAUAUGAUAUGGUGGAGUAGGUAAAUAAAAUAAUUUAAUUAAAUUCCUUUGUCAUGUUAAUUAGAAUCGUGUAUGUGGUGUUAUAUGUGUUAAAUCCACUUAAUGGCCAUAUUAAUCAGCACAAGCGGUUCUUUUUUUUCAUGUACAAUCGCUUCAGAAAAAUCAUUUGAAUAACUAAAUGUUUAAUGCAUUGAAUAUUUUUCCGCAUAAUACAAUGAAUAUUUAUGUGGGUUGCUGUAUCAUAAAUACCACCAAGCAUUGCUCCAAGAAGUUUUGUAUUUAGAGAGAAAAAGGCAUUUUGAAUUGACGGGGAGGUAUUAUGAAACAAGCUAAAAGUGUGUUACGAGGCUUUUCCAAAGAUAUAAGAUAUAGAGGGAGACCAAAGGAGCAAAUAGCCCAAAAGAGAGACGUUGCAAAUUGAUUGAAGUUCAACCACGUGUUAUUGAUGUCUUGCUUUGACCAUGUGGAAGAUUGAUUAAAAAUUGACUUUUUCGUCGAUCAAUUUGAAAAUCAAAAAGGGGGCAACCCAUUAAGUCCGCGGAUCGGCUAUAGAUUGAUGAAUGGAGACAAAAAGGGCGGUUAAAGAUAUGAAGAAGCAUCUUUUCUUACACACACCGUGAUUGAAGAGGCAUCCAAAAGAGCCACUAUAAAGAUUAAAAAUUCAGGUGAAGACAUGUUGUCUACCUCCCUGAAUUUCUUCUGAUUUUCUUCCGUUUUCACCAACCCCUCUGGGAUUUCAAUCUAAUGAAGAAUCGGCAAUUAAUACAGCCCAUAAUUACAGACAUUCCAUAUAGAGUUGGUGGUGAAAAACCAAAAAAAAAGAACAGCACAUCCAAGUCCCCAACAUUUCAUCAAUUCCUGUCCCCUUAAUUGCUAAUCGGCAAACAUGUGCAAAGGUAGGAUAUCUGCAGAAGCAAUACCUGGCCAGCUACCGACAACUACGUGACUGGAUCCGCCCUCGAUCGCGUCUGAAAUUUUCUAUGCCCUCACUCAGCAUAUAUUGAUACGAUCUCUUGCUCCUCAUUCAUUACCAUAUACACAACAUCCGCGCGAUCACCGCACGAAAGGCCCCAAUCUCGUCGCGAAAUAGGCGUGCAACGAUCACAUCCCGCAGUGAUCGCAAAAUGUCAGCAGAUCAUCAUCACGUGAUGAUGGCAAAUAGAGCUGUGUGGUGCAUCUCCUAGUGCACUUUUGCCUUAACUAAUUGUUCCGCAAUAAAUUGACAUCACCACGGGAUUUCUGACCAGAUGCAAUUUAUUGCACCAUCGGACACUCCACACAGAUAUUGUGUACCGGUGAUCAUUUGUGGUUUUUAGCCCGCUGUACCAAUGGAGACCCGAGACGGAAAUCACCUUGUUGAUGUCAGCAAUUACAUACAUACAAAUUCCUUCCAGGAAUACCUUUCCAAUCGCAUAUUCUUCUAAUCUGGCAUGAUUCAAGGAAUGUGUUUUUUUAAUUAAUUUUUUAUUGUUUUCUUAUCGUGAAGAAUUAUGAAAAUAGCCUCAUUGAGGUUAUGGAUAUAAAAAAAAUCCGCAUUACUUCUUACUUCCGGAUAAAAGUAAUUGAAAUGCAUUUGCUUAUUAUGUCAUUUAAUAUGAGUUAACAAGAUCAUUUAAAUUUGUUGACAGACUGUCGCUAUGAUCAUAUGUAGCCGUGAUUGAACAUUAAUUGUUCUUUUUAAAGUAUUAGACAUUAGAUGCUUCUUAUAAUAAAACAUACGUUUAAAAUUUUUUAUACCUAUUAACUUUUCCUCUUCGAGAAGGAUGUUUAUUUGCUAGAAGAUUUGUUCCGAAAGUAUACGACUUUCUUCUAGAAACGUAGAGGGUAUAAGUCCAAAAUGUUUUUGAAAGUAGUUAUUUUAAAAUUAAUUAGUCUAAAGUUUUUGGUUUUGAAAAUUGAACAUCCUAAUCGAAGAAUAUGAAUUACAUUGAAUCUAAAAACGGAGGGACACUUUCAAAAGCCCCCCGGUGAUCCUUCUAUUUUUACCAAUACGAUUGUACUUGAAUUUGAUGAUCAGGCACCUAGGUUCUUUAGGAGUCUUCAGUCAUUAAGAAAUUUUCAUACUAAAAGUUUAGACCAGUUUUCGAAGGUUUAGAUUUUCUAAACAACAAGCAAAUGCUGUGUGUUUUUCGGAUAUUCAAUGAAGUAAUUGCUAUAAACUGAGUAAAAACUUACUCAAAAAUAUUGCUUAUAGGGAAAUUACACCAGUUAUGCCAUUUGGUUAAGCCUUAAAUUUGGAACCCGGAUUACACAACUUUCAGACUUGAAGUAUAUCCAUUUGUCCGUAAUAAUAUACAACUCUAAGUAAAAAUUUUCCCAAAAAUUAUGCUUGAUGAAGAAUUAAAAAGCGUAGGACAGAUCGCAAAGCCCUAGAUCUGUAGACUGAAUUACUCUAUCUUCUAAUCUCAAUUCUAGUUAUAUUAAAAAUAUUAUAAUUCAUGCAUAGAAAAUCCUACAUCUUACCAUGAGGUUCUUUAGAUCUUUACAAAUAGUUUCUGAAGGUUUAAUCUAAAAUCGUUAAUAUACAUCUUCCUAUUUAGGAGAUCCUCAGGAGCAUUUAAUGCCCAGAAUUUAACUAAAAAUAAAUUAAUUUUAGUCAAUUACAUAAAGUGAAAUGAACACAAUACAGAAAUAUGUUAAAACUUAAAUUGUAAAAUUAAACUGUAAAAACAAAUUCCAAUUUUGUUGAGAAUUCAAUACAUACACCGAUUUUAACUUAGUUAUUUGAAAGUGCAUAAUAUAUUGCAGUAGAUAUGAGAAAUUUUAUUGAUUACACGCGUUAAAAAAUGUCAGGUUCUCUUAUGUUUCGCGAAUAAAUAAAUAUUUAUAGUAAACUAAAUGAAUAAUUCACAAAGAAGAUCUUAUAUCUUGGAAUUUUUCUUCAAACAUUAACAAAAUCCUCGUACGAAAUUUAUUUCUAGGACCUCUACAAUAGAGAAGACAUUCGAUAUAAUCAUUUUGUCAAAUUAUUUACAUAUCAGAAUAAAUUUUAUGCAGUUUCAUUUACUACUUGUCACAUUUCAUAUCACUUGAUAUUUGUUAAAGUGCACCUAUUAAUAUACAUAAUCCAAUCAAACCUCACUUUUGAGAAUAAAAUUAUAAAAAAUGAAAAA